AUGGAGGUCAUUUACAGAAACGUAACGAACACCUACUUCGACUACCGGAGGGAAAUAAAAAAAAAGCGAAACCGAUUCAAGCUGUCCGCUUAUGAACAACUGGACGAUGAGGAUUCAGGGAGGGAAGAGAACCUGCUAAGUCGUGCGGAAGAUAUGGAGAUGCAGACACACAGUCUGCUGCCACCACAGUGGAUUGAGAAAAUUGAGGAGUGUUCAGAGGACAUAGGGAAUAUCAAAUUAAAAUUAAUGCAGCUGGAAAAAAUUAAAAAAAAAAAAAUUGUAAAUGUUUUACAGGACGAUCAGAUGAUCGUACAGGAAAUUGCAAAAAUGUGCACCGACAUAACGGUGUUGAUUAAAAAUUGCGAGAGUAAAAUUCAAGGGAUCGCAUGGGACGACGCAUCGUGGGGGCAGGGGAAGGAUGGGCUGACCAGUGAACAGUCUGCUAAUGAGCAAGGUGAACGACAGGAGAAGCAUCCCGACCCCAACGACUUAAUCGGAAGGCUCAAAAUAAACGCAAAAAAAAGUUUAAUCUCGCAACUUAAAUCCAUAUCACAGACAUUCCACAACAAACAACAGGCAUACAUAAAUGAGUAUAAAAAAAUUUCAAAUGAGUGUAACGAUUAUGCAGGUGACUUGGCUGUCGUAGACAUGGAAGAUAUUCAACGGGCGGAAUUAACGUACGAGGCAAAUAAUAACCUGAAUGGUGUAAAUAUUGCUAGCAGAAACACUGACUUGAAGAAAAUCUCCAACACUGUUAUCGACUUGCAUCACAUUUUUAAGGAGCUCUCUGUGAUGCUGGUGGAGCAAGGAUCCAUGUUAGAUCGGAUUGACUACAAUUUAGAUUUAUCCCUUGACAAAUGUGAAAAGGGAUUAAAUAAAUUAAAAAUAUUUCAUAAAAACGAGGGGGAUAAAUUAGCUGCUCGCUGUGUAUCCUUCCUCACUUGGCUAAUAUUUGUUCUGUUAAUACUUAUUAUUUUGAAGCAUUUGUACUGA